CAUCACAUUAUGGCAUCAAGAUUUCCCGAAGGAAACCAAGUUCAACUCCGACCUAGAAAAGGUCAUGACAUGAAAUGGUCAUGUGACAAGCAUGGUGAGCCAAUCAAAUUUUACUGUAAGAAACACAAAAUUCCUAUUUGUCAUCCAUGCGCUACCAAAGAUCACAGCCAGAAACCAUGUGAGCUAGACGACAUCGAGGAUGUCAUCUUCGAAAGGAGGAGACAGCUGGAUGAAAAACGGCCAAAAAUACAGGAACUUCAUAAAAAAAUGGAAGCCCUCAUCAAAAAAAUCAAGACUGUAUCAACGUCUGGAAGUACUCAUCUUCAGACAAUUGACAACAACAUUCAAGCAUCAUAUUACGACAAGAUCAAAUCUGUUGGAGAAAAGGAGAACAGGAUGAUUAGGGUUAUUAACGAGGAGGCAGAUGAGGAAAUAAGACUAGUAAAUGAGAAGAGAGAAAAACGGAUCAAGGAUUGCAACAUCGAGAGAGAAAAGGAGCGACAAAUCAUCAAAGACAAAGAAGCAAAACUUCUAUCAGAUGCAAAGAAAAUCAGCGAAAUCGUUUCUAAGAAGAUCAAAGAUCUUACUAAUAAGAAUCAGCAUGCAAUAAACACUAUUAAGAACAUUGAAUCAACCAUCACACGUAUAAACCAACAUGAUGAAACAUUGGUGAAUGAAGCUCCUCAAGUACUUGCAUCUAUUGAUGAAAAUUUAAGUUUGAAUGUUCAUCAAGAUGUUAGCGACUGUCUUGACCGAAUACAGAGUGAAGUUGAGAGAAUGAAGUUUGUAGAGGGGGAAGUAGGUGGAGAAUACUAUGGUAGAAUUGAUGGGUAUAUCGGUAAAUGGGAACUUGUCAAGUCAGUCCACAUUCCAUUGGUUAUAAAGCUGCCGCGUAUGUGUGGAUUCAUCAGUGAAGAUGAGAUAUGUGUGCGAAGUGAAUUAAACUAUGCCAUGUAUGUUACAAACACCAACACUCAACACACAGAGAAAGUAAUUAAUGAAGGUGCGCGGAUUACAUUAUGUGCGCCCAUAGACAGUAACAUAAUAUUAUGUGGUAAGAGGGGAGAUGUUUGCAAGGGUUACAGGUUGGAUGGAUGCAUCACUCUGUAUGACAGACAAUGGAAUGUGAUUAGAGACAUCGCCAUACCAAGAUAUGGAGACGAUUAUAGUGUUUAUGUUGAUUUUGACAGGGAUGGGAUGAUCAUCGCUGCUCAGUACAAGCAGUCUAAUAUCUACGUCAUAAAUCCCGCUGAUGAUAAGAUAGUAAACACUAUCACGAUGCAGUUUAAGGUGGUGAAGGGUGAAAUACAAGCCUUGUCAUCAGGUGAUAUCGUUGUGAAGACAGGUUUUGAUGAAUGCACUGUCAUCUCACGAUCAGGAAAAGAGAAGGCUGUCAUACACCCUGAUGAGUGGAACAGUUUGUCACAGUGUCGCGUUGACAAACUGACAGACACACUCUACAACGUGUACUUGGACAGAGCGCGUAAGACCUACGCACUUGAUCAGGUGUCACGUGACGGUAUCAUCCAGGCAAGGAGGAUCGUGGAAUACGUGCAAUCAGAUAGCUCUGACCGGGUCAGCCCUUGUCUUGUUACUCCUUCUGGUAACCUUGUAGUAUGCGAUGGAGACAAACUACUUCUUUACAAGAAGACAUUUAUCUUGUAAAUCAUCAAAUGUGAAUGUUGUAUCAAUAUACAGGUGUAAGGUAUUGGGGUGUUGCAAGAAAUUUCGAUCGAUUUCAAGUGAAUUUUAGACUCCUAAAUCAAUUGAAAGUCGUGCAUUUUAUUGGAAAUUUGCAACUGAUCAAUGGUCAGCUUAUGUUAUAUACAAAUAUACAAUGAUUUGCUUUACUAAAGAUUGAUCUAUCAAUUGCUAAAUUUGCAUAUGAAGCACCACCCCCAGGUCUUACAAAAUACAGUGGCUAACAUUCAACCGUCUAAAGAUUUAUAUUUUGAUUAAAAUGUAUAGUUUACUCGUAAACUGAAUAAAACAAUUACAAAUGUGUUAACCAAUUGCCUACUUUAACCACAUGAUCCCUGUAGAACGUCUGUGGGAAAGGCUAAAUUACUAACUUUUACAGUAAGCUGAACUCGAUCAUUUACCAAACG